CAUCCCAGACUGAGGGUCGGGGUACAGGGAGCCUCGGGGGCGCGGCCGCUGUGCUCCCCAGGACCCUUGCGUCCCUUCCCCUGCCCCAGCUUCACCUGGGCAGGUGCCCUGAGCGUCACCUGCCACCCCGCCCGCGGGCCGACGCCUCCCAGAUAGGCACCUGUUGGCGGAAGUGCCCGAGUCACCUCAUUAGGCUCCGGAACCGAGGACCCCCCCCCAAUCUGCCCUUCGAGCUGCAGAGGCUGCCCGGUGGCAUUUGCUUCCAGGUGUAGACUGCCCCUGUCAGCAGGGCGAGGAUGCUCCUGACCCUGGAAUCCUGCCUGCAUACCAGGAUGGCGGCCUGGGUCACCCUCCACCUGUGGCUCACCCUGUGCCACCUGGGGGGGUGUCACUUUCUCCACCUAUGCUGAACCGACCAGAGGACCCUCCCACCCUUUUUGGUUCCUGAUCCAAACCUGAGAUGUGUGGGGCUGGUGCCUCCCAAGCCAGUGCCUCUCCAUCCAGUCCAUUGUCCCAUGGUUGCUGUGUAACUGUGUUUUCGUCUCCUUUCACACCUGCCCCAUCCCCUCUGUGUCUUCCCUGUGUCCCUGUCCCCAGUCCCUCUGAUGGCCUGUCAGCCUUGCGGAGGAGCUGGGCGUAUCUGGUGUUGCAGAUCACACAAGGAAGAACCUACACCAUCCCUGGGCUCAAUGUCACAGAAGCUACCUCUGAACUCCCAGACAUGGCCACCAGCCCUCAGGGCUUGGGACAAAAUCCCUACCAAUAGGGAAGGACCGCUGUCACCUUUCCGAGCCUGUUUCCUCCCACAUAAGAGUGAGCCCUGGUCCCUGCUGGAGCACUUGGGCCUGGCAGGUGCGGACCUGGCGGCUCCCGGGGUGCAGCAGCAGCUGGAGUUGGAGCGGGAACGGCUGCGGCGUGAGAUCCGCAAGGAGCUGAAGCUAAAGGAAGGUGCGGAGAACCUGCGGCGUGCGGCCACUGACCUGGGCCGUGGACGGGGCCCGGUGGAGCUGCUGCUGCGAGGCUCCGCGCGCCGCCUGGACCUGCUGCACCGCCAGUUGCAGGAGCUGCAUGCACACGUGGUGCUGCCUGAGCCCACUGCUGGCCAGGAUGUCCCCCAGUCCCCAGGUGCAGGCAACUCUGCCUGCUUGGCUACCAACCUGAGCCUUGUGGCCGGCCUGGAGAAGCAGUUGGCCAUCGAGCUGAAGGUGAAGCAGGGUGCGGAGAACAUGAUCCAGACCUACAGCAACGGCAGCACAAAGGACCGGAAGCUGCUGCUGACGGCCCAGCAGAUGUUACAGGACAGCAAGACCAAGAUUGACAUUAUCCGCAUGCAGCUCCGCCGGGCCCUGCAGGCCGGCCAGCUGGAGAGCCAGGUGGUUCCAGAUGAGGCCCCAGGAGGUCCAGACCUGGGAGCGGUGGAGCUGCGCAUCGAGGAGCUUCGACAUCACUUCAGAGUGGAGCACGCAGUUGCCGAGGGCGCUAAGAACGUGCUGCGCCUGCUCAGUGCAGCCAAAGCACCAGACCGGAAGGCGGUCAGCGAGGCCCAGGAGAAGCUGACGGAGUCCAACCAGAAGCUGGGGCUGCUGCGCGAGGCACUAGAGCGCAGGCUGGGGGAGCUGCCCGCCGACCACCCGAAGGGGCGCCUACUUCGUGAGGAGCUGGCUGCGGCCUCCUCAGCUGCCUUCAGUGCGCUGCUGAGUGGGCCCUUCCCUGCCGCACACUACAGCACGCUGUGCAAACCUGCGCCGCUCACAGGGACUCUGGAGGUACGCGUGGUGGGUUGCAGGGACCUUCCAGAGAACAUCCCCUGGAAUCCCUCACCCUCGGGGACACCUGGGAUCCCUGACAGCCGCACCCCCUUCCUGAGCCGUCCAGGCCGGGGCCUUUACAGCCGAAGUGGAAGCCUCAGUGGCCGAAGUAGCCUCAAAGCAGAAGCCGAGAACACAAGUGAGGUCAGCGCUGUGCUGAAGUUGGAUAACACAGUGGUGGGACAGACAUCCUGGAAGCCGUGUGGCCCCAGCGCGUGGGACCAGAGCUUCACAUUAGAGUUGGAGCGGGCCCGGGAGCUGGAGCUGGCUGUGUUCUGGCGGGACCAGCGGGGCCUGUGUGCCCUCAAGUUCCUGAAACUGGAAGAUUUCCUGGACAACGAGCGGCAUGAGGUGCAGCUGGACAUGGAGCCGCAGGGCUGUCUGCUGGCCGAGGUCACCUUCCACAACCCUGUCAUCGAGAGGAUCCCCCGACUCCGGAGGCAGAAGAAAAUCUUCUCCAAGCAGCAAGGGAAGGCGUUCCAGCGAGCCAGGCAAAUGAACAUCGACGUGGCCACAUGGGUGCGGCUCCUGCGAAGGCUCAUCCCCACGGCCACGGCCACGGGCACCUUCAGCCCUGGGGCUUCACCGGGACCCGAGGCCCGGCCUCCAGGGGACAUUUCAGUGGAGAAGCUGAGCCUGGGACCCGACCCUGACAGCUCCCCACAGAAGGGCCCUUCAGGACCACUGUCCAGAGCGUCCAGCCUGGGUUCCCCAAGCCAGGAAAUGGCCACCAUUCCUGAGCUGCCUUCAGAGACCCAGGAGACCCCAGGCCCCAGCCUAUGCAGCUCUCUGAGGAAGUCUCCUCUGACCCUGGAGGACUUCAAGUUCCUGGCGGUGCUGGGCCGGGGUCACUUUGGGAAGGUGCUGCUCUCUGAAUUCCGAGCCAGCGGGGAGCUCUUUGCCAUCAAGGCUUUGAAGAAAGGGGACAUAGUGGCCCGGGACGAGGUGGAGAGCCUGAUGUGUGAGAAGCGGAUUCUGGCAGCAGUGACCAGCGCGGGCCACCCCUUCCUAGUGAACCUGUUCGGCUGCUUCCAGACACCAGAGCACGUGUGCUUCGUGAUGGAGUACUCGGCCGGAGGGGACCUCAUGCUGCACAUCCACAGCGAUGUGUUCUCUGAGCCCCGUGCCAUCUUCUACUCGGCCUGCGUGGUGCUGGGGCUGCAGUUCCUCCACGAACACAAGAUUGUCUACAGGGACCUGAAGCUGGACAAUUUGCUCCUGGACACCGAGGGCUAUGUCAAGAUCGCUGACUUUGGCCUCUGCAAAGAGGGCAUGGGUUAUGGGGACCGGACCAGCACAUUCUGCGGGACCCCCGAGUUCCUGGCCCCUGAGGUGCUGACAGACACGUCCUACACGCGCGCUGUGGACUGGUGGGGCCUGGGUGUGCUGCUCUACGAGAUGCUGGUGGGCGAGUCCCCGUUCCCUGGGGACGAUGAGGAGGAGGUGUUCGACAGCAUCGUCAAUGAUGAGGUUCGCUACCCCCGCUUCCUGUCAGCUGAGGCCAUUGGCAUCAUGCGAAGGCUGCUUCGCAGGAACCCAGAGCGGAGGUUGGGGUCCAGCGAGCGUGAUGCAGAGGAUGUGAAAAAGCAGCCCUUCUUCAGGACCCUGGGCUGGGAUGCGCUCCUGGCGCGAAGACUGCCGCCGCCCUUUGUGCCCAAGCUCUCUGGGCGCACAGACGUCAGCAACUUCGAUGAGGAGUUCACGGGGGAGGCGCCUACGCUCAGCCCGCCCCGCGACGCAAGGCCCUUGUCAGCUGCCGAGCAGGCCGCCUUCCGGGACUUCGACUUCGUGCCCCGGGGCUGCUAGCGCCCUCCCCACCCAUCCAGAGUUCUUAGUUUUUAAAAAUGCCUUUGGGGUUCGCCCUGUCCUUGCA